UGAUGUUUGAUCGCUUGGUGAUGCCCAUUUAUGUCAUCGACCGCAAAUUUCCUGAGACACCAGGUGAGUUGCUCCAGGCUGCUCCAGAAGGACGGCGCACCAUGGCUGAAAACAACACGCAGAAGAAGAAGUCUCGAUGGACGUCCCUGGAGAUAGGUCUCCUGACCAUUGUGUCGCUGCUCUUCAUCAUCGUCUUGGCCCUCAUCGUCCUCUUCGUUACGCACAGAGAGAGCGAUGGGGUUUGCACCACGGCUGACUGCACACGCUCAGCUUCUCGUCUGAUCGAGAACAUGGACGACACCGUGGACCCGUGUGAAAACUUCUACCAGUACGCUUGUGGAGGCUGGUUAAAGAAGAACAUCAUACCCGAGACCAGUUCACGUUACAGUACGUUCGACAUUCUGCGGGACGAGAUGGAGGUGGUGCUGAAGGGAGUCCUGGAGAGAGAAGAUGGAGGCAGCACCGGCAGCUCUUCAACCAAAGCUAAAACCCUCUACAGAUCAUGCAUCAAUGAGAGUCUGAUCGAACAGAGAGGAGGAACGCCUCUGCUAAAGAUGCUACCGGACGUACACGAGUGGCCCAUCGCAGUGGACGACUGGGACGCAAAAUUCGGGACAAAUUGGAAAGCAGAAGACGUGAUGGCCAGACUGAACGAGAAAUACGGCAAGCAGGUCCUGAUCAGCUUCUUCAUCGGGACCGACGACCGGGACUCCAACGCUCAUAUCAUUCAUUUCGACCAGCCGAGUCUCGGCCUGCUUUCCAGAGAUUACUACGCCUGCACCGGACCCUACGAGGAGGCGUGUGUCACGUAUGAAGACUUCAUGGUUAAUCUGGCCAUGCUGGUCCGUAAGGACAGGAACCUGGAGGCCAACGAGACGAGCGUCAGGCAGGAGGUGGUGAGGGUCAUGCAGAUGGAGAAGGAGCUCGCUAACGCCACAGACACUCCAGAAGACCGAAACAAUCCAGUUCUGCUGUAUAACAAGAUGCCCCUGGAGACCCUCAACACCAACUUCACUCUGGAGUUCGACUCCACCGUUUUUAACUGGACUCUGUUCACCAAUAAAAUCAUGGGCACAGUCGACACCCCCAUCAUGGACAGCGAGCAGGUGAUUCUUUACGCCCCAAACUACCUGAAACGACUUAAUCCGGUCCUGGCUCGCUACACCAAGAGAGAAAUCCAGAACUACAUGGUGUGGCGGUUUGUGAUGAACAUGGUGGUGGGACUGAGCCGAGAAUACAGAGACACCAGAAAAGCCUUCAGAAAAGCCAUCUCUGGAACCACAACGGAGGCGGCGAUAUGGAGGCAGUGCGCCAACUACGUCAACAACAACAUGGAGAAUGCGGUUGGCAGGCUGUACGUGGAGGAAGCCUUCGCUGGAGACAGCAAGGAAAUGAUGGACGAGAUGAUUUUGAACAUCCGUCAGGUGUUCAUCAGUAACCUGCAGGACCUCACCUGGAUGGACGCUGAGACCAGGAGAGCUGCUGAAGAAAAGGCUCGUGCUAUUCGGGAGAGAAUCGGCUUCUCCGAGAACAUCAAGAACAUCACGUACCUGGAUGAGGAGUAUAAAGACCUGAGCUACAGUUCAGAAGAAUACUUUGAGAACAUCCUGAAGAAUCUGGAAUAUGGGCAGAAGAAACGUCUGAAGAGACUGAGAGUGAAAGUGAAUAAAGAAGAGUGGAUCUCAGGAGCGGCUGUGGUCAACGCCUUCUACUCAUCCAGCAGAAAUCAAAUAGUAUUCCCUGCCGGCAUCCUCCAGCCUCCGUUCUUUGGUAAAGGACAGCCCUGGUCCCUCAACUACGGUGGUAUUGGCAUGGUCAUCGGGCACGAGAUCACUCACGGCUUCGAUGAUAAUGGCCGUAACUUUGAUAAAGACGGAGACCUGAAGGACUGGUGGACGCCGUCCUCAACGCAGAACUUCCAGGAGCUCUCUAAAUGUAUCGUGGACCAGUACAGCGGCUUCUCCUGGGACCUGGCUAACGGGCAGAACCUGAAUGGGAACAACACGCUCGGGGAGAAUAUUGCCGAUAACGGGGGAAUUCGCCAGUCCUUCCAGGCUUAUCAGAACUACGUCAGGAAGAACGGAAGAGAAGCUCCGCUGCCGGGACUCGACCUAAACCACGACCAGCUCUUCUUCCUCAAUUUUGCUCAGGUCUGGUGUGGAACCUACAGACCUGAGCAUGCCGUCAACUCCAUCAAAACUGACGUCCACAGUCCAGGGAAGUUUAGGGUUCUCGGAUCUUUGCAGAACUUCCCAGAAUUUGCCAAAGCUUUCAAGUGCCAGAAAAACGACUUCAUGGUGCCCGAGAAGUCGUGCCGGGUGUGGUGAUCGCCCCACACAGAGGGACAGUACAGGGUCUAUUUUAAUAAUAAUAA